AUGGCGAAGAACAUCUUGAGGCGGACGCUACUUUAUGUGCCUGGCUCAUCCCAGAAGUUCCUCGACAAAUCUCGAAGCUUGGCCGCCGAUUGCGUGACAUACGAUCUCGAGGACUCUGUUACCCCUAACCGCAAAGCUGAAGCACGUUCCCUUGUUCGCAAAGCUCUGGAUCAAUCCCAGCCGUCAAGCAUUAAAGAACGCGCUGUUCGCAUCAAUUCAGUUUCCUCCGGCCUUGCUCUUCCAGACCUGACCGAAAUCCUGCAAUCCCCAAACCUCACCACGCUUGUUGUCCCCAAGGUCAACUCCCCCAGCGACCUCACCUUCAUUUCCGAUGUAGUCGCUCAUUCUCGCCCCACCGAGUUUGCCCAAGAACCAAUCUCAAUUCUUGCGCUCGUCGAAUCUGCCCGCUCCCUAACAUCCCUCUCCCAGAUAACAGCCGCAACACCCCACCUCCUUUCUGGCCUGAUUUUCGCAGCCGAAGACUACGCCCUCGACCUCUCAUUGACGCGCACGCCAGAUCUCAAAGAGUUUCUCUUUGCCCGCUCUGCCAUCGUUACCGCCGCUCGAGCCGCCAACCUGCCCUCCACCAUCGAUCUCGUCUGUACAGCCUUCAAAUCUGAAGCCGACCAGGAGACAUUGGAGCAUGAGUGCCGAGACGGCAAGAGGAUGGGCUUCAAUGGCAAACAAUGUAUCCAUCCGGCCCAGGUCGGGACGGUGAGUAAGAUUUUCAGUCCCGAGUUGGAAGAGGUGGAGUGGGCCGUGAGGGUGACGAUUGCGCAGAAGAGGGCAGAGGAGAUGGGGAGAGGGGCUUGGGCGCUGGAUGGGAAGAUGAUUGAUGCACCCGUGGAGGGCAGGGCAAGGGCAGUGGUCAAGAAGGCAGAGUUGUGCGGGUUCGAUGUCAAGGCUAUGCAGGAAAAGUUUAAGGAUCAGCAGCCGGAAUGA